CUAAUCGACGCUUAGUGCUCGUCGUUGUUCAUCGGUCCAACCUAACACUAGACGUGAUUUGUGCCUGGCCGAAAUCGUUGAGAUCGAAUUGAUUUAUAUGUAUCCGAUUGUGUCAUAAGUCCGUUGCAGUCUUCCUGCCUGCUAAUCUAAAACUUGCUUUGGAAGCUGCUACUCCUCGACUACUUACUUCCGUUGAUCGACAUCUUGAUUUAAAUGGGUUGCAGUCACUACGACUGUGUUCACAGCAAUCAUUAUGACCGACUCCAACAUUUUGCACAGAUUUUCUAGAGUGGUGCAGUCCACUUCCUCAUCAGAUAAGCAUGAUCCUUAUCCGCAGGCAGAGCCAUCUUCAUCCUCCCAGAGAUCUCCUAGAGCUUUGGACCCCGUAGUACAUGAACUGACAGCUCAAGCAAAACAGUUGAAACCUAUCUUACAACCUCCGGUUAAACAUACCCAUACACCUCUCAUCCAGGGAACAGUUCCUAAAGAGACUGCGAUAGCUACUCAUGCUGCGCUGUCCGGCUUAUCACCCGAAAAGGAGAAAAGACUGAGGGAGCUUUACGAACGGCUGGAUAUCAACAAUGAUGGCACAGUUGAUAUAAGAGAUUUAACAGCAGCACUGAAGCAUGAAAUGCCCCAUAUACCGACGCGAUUGGCCCCAAAACUCUUGGCACGGAUCUCCCCUGGAAAAGACGGCAACAUCAAUUUCGCUGAUUUUGUCAAGUACGUAGUUGAACACGAGAAAAGGUUAGAGGUCAUAUUCCAGGAUCUUGAUAAAAACAAUGACGGUAUCAUUGAUGCUCGAGAAAUCAAAACGUUUUGUAAUGAUCUUGGAAUCCCGCUGGAUGAUAGGAAAGCUCAAGGCAUCUUACAAAAGAUGUCCGAACAGUCAGACUCAGACUCUUCAUCUGUAGAUCUAUCCGAUUUUCAAAACUUCAUGCUGCUUUAUCCGAGUUCCGAUGUCAAAGACAUGGUGGACUUCUGGCGCCAUAAUCUAGUGAUUGAUAUCGGAGAGGACAGUCAAGUUCCAGAAGAUUUCACUCCCCAAGAAAUGAUCUCUGGUGUUUGGUGGCGACAUUUGGUAGCUGGAGCUGUUGCUGGAUGUAUGUCGAGAACAUGUACUGCUCCUCUAGACAGGCUCAAAGUGUUCAUGCAGGUUCAUUCUACGCGAACAAACCGGUUAGGGGUGAUGUCAUCGUUGCGGUUACUACAUGCUGAAGGUGGUGCGAAGUCGUUUUGGAGAGGGAAUGGUAUAAACGUGAUUAAGAUUGCUCCAGAAUCCGCAAUCAAAUUCAUGGCUUAUGACCAGUGUAAGAGAUUGAUUCAAAGGUUCAAAGGGAAUGACGAAUUGAGCGUUUUAGAGAGGUUACUCGCGGGCUCUUCUGCUGGUGCUAUAUCACAAACUGUCAUAUAUCCCAUGGAAGUGUUGAAAACCCGACUGGCAUUGAGAAAAACUGGUCAAUUGGAUAACGGCCUUUUCCACUUUGCUCAAAAAAUGUACAAAAAAGAAGGAGCUCUUUGUUUCUAUAAGGGAUAUGUUCCCAAUUUGUUGGGUAUAAUACCAUAUGCGGGUAUCGAUCUGGCCAUUUACGAGACGCUCAAAAAAUUGUACGUCCGGCGUCACAAUGGUGGUGCCGAGCCCGGCGUAUUAGCUUUGUUGGCGUGUGGAACUUGUAGCUCAACUUGUGGCCAGCUUGCCAGCUAUCCUUUGGCUCUCGUGAGAACGCGAUUGCAGGCCAGAGCAAUUUCUGGAGAUCCGCUGCAGCCUGAUACUAUGACUGGUCAGAUUCGUUACAUCUUGAAUAACGAAGGAUUUUUUGGCCUUUAUCGAGGAAUAGCACCAAAUUUCAUGAAGGUUAUUCCUGCUGUUAGCAUUAGCUAUGUCGUAUAUGAGCACGUACGGAAACAUCUUGGUGCUACCAUGUCCUGAUGGCUGCCUUACACGAAAGGUCACUUGCGAAUAUACGGGCAGGCUGAAAGUCAGACAGCAGGUUUUUCAAACGGCUUCUCUUCAAGUGGUUAUUUGAAGAUCGUGUCCACUUUGUUGUAGCCGUUUAUGCAGCUCGCUUCCUUGAGAUACUCUUAGAAAGGCCAUGUGAUAGUUAUACUUUUCACGAACACGAGCUAGGAUCUUCUUCCAUUACGAGUUGAUAUUCUCGGCCACUUGCCACGCGAUAUCUUCAAUAUGUGCUCAAUCGUAGCGGUGGAUUUUGCUGCCUUUCGAGAGAAGAUUUGCAAAAUCUAGUGUAAUAUUGCAUCUCUCUACUAACUUAUAUGAUUCUCAACUGACAUUACUCCGGUCUUAGCGCUACGGGACAUAGUGGCAAGUGUUGCUAAUCGAUGAGUGUGGUGAAUUGCUGUAUAUUUUUCAGUGCUGAGCUAGGAGUGGUAUGUUUAGAACGCUAUCGGCGUUGCUCUCUGUCAUAUACAUAUGUAGGUGUGACCGCGUUGCAUUUGCAACAAUUCUUUUCCUUGUAAUUACUUGAAGGAUGGGUGUUGUUAACCACCCUUUAAUGAAAGAUUAUAUUUUGUGAAACUGUGGUCUUUCUUGUAGUUUGUUGAUAAAUGGUCUACUAUUAGCUUACUUCAAUGAAAUGUUCUGCC